GCAACGCCGGCAGAAAAAAGGAAAGAGUUUGACGAAGUUCUUUUAUCAAAUAUGGAGCGAUUAAAAGACGCCCUCGGCAAAAAGGGUCGUUUUCCGCGGUUGGAGAAACACUUUGAAAACCGCAAUAGAGGUGAAGAAUUAUCUCAGGCAUUCUGUGAAAAUAAGGAGAUUUGCAAGAAGGGAAACCUGGAUUGUAAAAACGAAGCUAACGACUUGAAAACGGUAAAAGUAGACUUAACAAAUGGCAAAGAUGAAAUAAGGUGGAGAUUCGUAGAGAUGUGUUUAGAACUUCUAAAACUGCUUAAAGAAUCUUUGGUCAGUCUACUGGCUAGUGAGAAAAAUAGCGACCAGAAGGCAAAACAGAAGGUUGAAAAACGAGGGAAUGAAACCCCACCGUUGCCUGCGGAUUCACUCGGUGUACAUGACCAAAAGACAGUGCUGACAGCCAUUCAAUUUGUUGUUAUUCUAGGAAUUUGUCCUAAUCUAGUUUCGGGUGUUGGUUUACCAGUAGAAAUGAGAUCAGGAUCUGCUGCUGCACUUAACAUUCACUGUAGUACCAAGAGUGAAAGACGUUUGUUUGAAUGCGUAAACACACUUGUUGACUGUAUAGCACAGCGCACGUUGAGUGCUCUGGUUUUGUCUAGACAUCUUGGCGAUAUAUUAUCAGGGCUUCUGCAGAUUUGUUAUGCUCCCUUUUCAUGUUAUUCAAAUGUCAAAUCAAGCAAAUCAGAUUUGACAAGCUUGAAGCAUGGUCACAGCGUCACAAAUGUUUCUGAGAAUUUUGGUGAUAAUGGUGACGAGGCUUGCAAAAAUGUACCUGAUGUUUCGAAGGAUGACUUGGUGACUAAACCUUUGACUCACCAUGGUUCUUGUGAUCAAUUACAGCCAAGUGAUCUUUAUAUGUUAACUGCAGAACCCCCACACAUGACGAGAAACAAUCACAAAUUAUUUAUCACUUCAUGUGAAAGGGAAUUGUGUGCUCAGAAUCUUCAAAGAAUUCUUGACCGUGUUUAUCAGCCAACAGUGAUAAGAGAGCUUUUGACGCUUCAGAGGGGCUCAAUGAGUGGAGGGAAACAGCCGAUAAAAAACAAUUCUGAGAAAAAAUUGUCUGGUGAUAAUGGGAAGCCAACUGGUAAUCAAGGAAUGAAAGAGUCAGUGUUGCCAUCACAAACUCCAAAAUGGAUGAAAAAUGGAGACUUUAAUCUUACGGAGGGUAACAGAUCAUGUAAAAGCAGAAGCAAUGACAACCUAACAGCAACCUUUGAUGUUGCAGGUGAAGUUACCAGCAGUAGCCCUGAAUGGAAGAAGUGUGAUGUAAUUGCAAAAGUGAUAGCAAACUGUCCAAGUCAAGCAAAGUCUGUUGAGGAGUAUUAUAAGUUGGUGUCGCCACAGGUGUUGCAGUUAUUACGAGGAGAAACCAAAGGUGUUGGAAAAUUGUUUGCCAGAGCUGCUUCAGCUAUCAUAAAGGAGAUGUUAAGGCAAUACCCUGAACUGGCUCAGAAAUAUGUCCUUUCUCCAAUAAUUGAACCUUUAGCUCAAACCACGUCAGAUCCAGAUGAAAAAGUUGUUGGUGAUUUUGUUGAUGAACUCACAGUUGUAAGAUGUGUUGAAGAUAUUCACAAGGUCUUUGUUUCAGGAUCAGUUGAUGAUGAGUUAAGAUUUUUGAUGCCAAUUGUCCAUCCAGUUUUUGAACUCUUCUGUUUCACAAGGAAAGGAAUUUCUCAUCUAAGAUCUGCUCUUCAAGAAAUCCUUAUCUACACACUAGAGAAUGCUGAGCAAUGUCAAACUCUCCAACUGUUGUAUACUCUGGCUUUUAGAAUGAGCCUGCCAGAGAAUUUAGUUCUAACAAACUCUAAUGCAGGCCACAAAAAUGAGAAACAAGACAUUUUUGUUCCUCUUAUGUUUGACAAGUUUGUGUUUGCACAUGGAGACGAUGGCGGUGUGAUAAUUAGAUGUCAAAAUGAUAAUGCUGUUGAUCAUGGUUAUGUUGAUGACAUCUUGAGGGAUUUACAAGGAGCUGAUUUGAGUAACAGUGAAGUGCGAGCAUUGUGCAUUGUGGAACUCUUAGGUGGUCUCAAAAAGGACAAUGUUGGUGGAGACUUCUUUGUAUACCUGAUGCAGGAGUUGACAAAUAUCAUAUCAGACUUUUCAGAUGAUAUGAACAAUACAAACUCUGGAGAUAUACAACACAGUCUUCUGAUCCUCCAUCUUAUUGCACUCAUGUGUGAGAGACUUGGAGAGUUCAUUCUCAGAAAUGCUUCACAGAUGCUCAUCUUCAUAGAGUCUACACUGAAACGUGCCUGUGCCAUUAUGGAUGCAGAUGAGGACGGACUGGGAACAGCAUUUGUUACCGAGACACUGACUAUGGCCCUUGGGAUGUUGUCGGCAAUGCUGGGCGGAGCAGUUGAGGUGAUCUUAUGUGUUAUCUUAUCAUUGAGUUCUCCAAAUAAUUCUUGGAACAAAGUUGCGUCAAAUCACUUCCAUUAUACAGACAGAGAGCUAGGACAGUUUCAUGAAAAAGUUGUUGGUGAUUUUGUUGAUGAACUCACAGUUGUAAGAUGUGUUGAAGAUAUUCACAAGGUCUUUGUUUCAGGAUCAGUUGAUGAUGAGUUAAGAUUUUUGAUGCCAAUUGUCCAUCCAGUUUUUGAACUCUUCUGUUUCACAAGGAAAGGAAUUUCUCAUCUAAGAUCUGCUCUUCAAGAAAUCCUUAUCUACACACUAGAGAAUGCUGAGCAAUGUCAAACUCUCCAACUGUUGUAUACUCUGGCUUUUAGAAUGAGCCUGCCAGAGAAUUUAGUUCUAACAAACUCUAAUGCAGGCCACAAAAAUGAGAAACAAGACAUUUUUGUUCCUCUUAUGUUUGACAAGUUUGUGUUUGCACAUGGAGACGAUGGCGGUGUGAUAAUUAGAUGUCAAAAUGAUAAUGCUGUUGAUCAUGGUUAUGUUGAUGACAUCUUGAGGGAUUUACAAGGAGCUGAUUUGAGUAACAGUGAAGUGCGAGCAUUGUGCAUUGUGGAACUCUUAGGUGGUCUCAAAAAGGACAAUGUUGGUGGAGACUUCUUUGUAUACCUGAUGCAGGAGUUGACAAAUAUCAUAUCAGACUUUUCAGAUGAUAUGAACAAUACAAACUCUGGAGAUAUACAACACAGUCUUCUGAUCCUCCAUCUUAUUGCACUCAUGUGUGAGAGACUUGGAGAGUUCAUUCUCAGAAAUGCUUCACAGAUGCUCAUCUUCAUAGAGUCUACACUGAAACGUGCCUGUGCCAUUAUGGAUGCAGAUGAGGACGGACUGGGAACAGCAUUUGUUACCGAGACACUGACUAUGGCCCUUGGGAUGUUGUCGGCAAUGCUGGGCGGAGCAGUUGAGAUUAAGAAAGAGCAUCAACCUCUUGUUCAAGGUCUUCUUCCUUUGCUGGAAAUGCUAGCUGAACAACAUCCAUCAGAAAAGAUCAAGGAUAUGGCUUGCGAUGUGCGGAUUGCCAUAGCAACACAUGGGGCAGUGUGGAGUCACAGAAUGAACAUUGCCGCAAAGACUUUAGGGCAGGAUUCUGAAACAGUAAAGGUUGAUUCAAGGUCUGCAACAACCAAAGUAGGAAAAGAAAAUGCUCAUCUAAAAGAGAAAAUAUCUUCAUCCACUCAAGGAAAAGCUUCCUCUGCAUUUGAUGAAGCAUUCUCCCAGCUCUGUGACCCCUUGCUUCCUGUGCGAGGUCAUGCCAUGAUACAACUGGCCUUGCUUUUACGCCAGAGAGAUCCCAAAGCUGUGCAAGCCACAGAUACCUUAUUGAAGAUUUUUCUGGAACAGCUAUCACACGAUGACUCAUAUAUUUACCUAGCUGCUAUUCAAGGACUUGUCUCAUUGGCUGAUGUAAGGGCUGAUAUGGUUAUGCCACGACUUGCUUGUGAAUUUGCUAUGUGCCAGACAGAGGCUGGAAAUAUUGCAGUCAGGACGAAGGAUGUUAAUGAGAAGGGUUACUAUAAACAAAGUGAAGGAGUUUCACCCAUAUCAAGCCAACCUGUCAGAUCUCCUGAACAAAGAAUGAAGUUAGGAGAGGCUCUGGUCCGAGCCACCAGGAACUGUGGUGAACUGGUACCUAAAUAUUCUCAGCAUCUUUUAUCAGCCUUGUUGACUGGGGUGAAGGAUCCUGAGCCUCUGGUUCGGGCCAGCAGUCUCUCCAAUCUUGGUGAUGUCUGUCAAUUGUUGAGGUUCUCAUUGGGUCCAGUUGUACAUGAGAUUUUCAGUUGCGUGUCAGCAGUACUGAAAACUGACAAGUCAGCAGAAGUCAGGGGUGCUGCAAUACUAGUCAUUACUUUAAUACUGCGUGGACUGGGGAAGAGCAUAAUGGAGGAACUAAGCUCCACACUUAAGGACAUAUACCAGUUAUUAAAGAUUGUGGAGUCAACAGAUGCUGAUGAUGUGACUAGAUGUCAUGCACAGGCUGCUCUGGGAGAACUGGAUUCCAUCUCAAGAGAUUACUUGUUUCCAAAGCCCUCGUUCACUAAACACAUUCAAGUACUGCCUUAGAGGGGAACCCUAUGUCAUGUUAAGUUACAGUCAAUAAAACUGCUUUAAUAUUGAAGGCAACCUCACCAUGAAAGUUUGGUAAGGCUGAAAAACAUCAAAAUUGUAAUUGCCAAUGGUAGUCAAAAUGUUCAGAAAAACGAUGGUUAAGUUGUGCUAUCCAUGAGAAAGCUUCCUUAAUUAAGAGAUACUUCACAGAUCCUUGUUUAGUUUGUAACCAUUUUGUAAAAAAAGUUCUGCCAUUCAUAAACCUCCUCUAAAAAACAUGUUGUCAGACAUCAAAUAUCUAGACAUGGUCAUGGUUGUGAUUUCGUUGUGAAAACUUGAUGAAUUAUUAAUGAGUUUAAGAAAGGGAUCUACUUCAUGGGUGAAUUUUCAGAUGCACUGAAGCAUACAUGAUCUGUUUUCCAAAAAUGACCUCAUCUUGGUUUAUGUACUUUAUUUUGAAACAAGUAAAGUAGAUAAAACAGGAAAACUGAACAUGUUAUGUAUAACAUGUACACUUUGAACACGUUUUCAUGGCAGGUUACUUGUUUCCUACAUAUCUUUUGCUAAACACAUUCCUGUGCCAUUUGGCUAAGUGAACAAGAUAAACAUUAGUUUGUCAAUGUUUGCUUUCUCUUGUUGAGCUAAUACAGUUUGAUUUACUAUCAGCAAACAUUUUAAUAUUACGGCAAAUGAUUUAUGUGUAUGUCAAGUCUAGUGGCCAAUCAUGCUAAUUCUUAUCGUAGGUUUUGUAGUGUAAAGGGCCAACUACGGCUGCUGGAGCAUUUCUAUCCCCCACACCCCCUUGAUGGGAUGAUAAUCUAUCCAGGUAACCCCCCUUCCCCCUUCCCCCUUCUGUUGCAUGUAAUUCACAGAUACCCAUAAUGUACACCUGGGUGGAGAGAGGCGCUGAGAGUAAAACGUUUUGCCCAAGAACAAGACUACGUUCCUGGCCAGGGCUUAAACCCAGACCACUCAGUCUGGAGUCGUGCAUAAUCAUUAAGCCUUGUCCAAAUGGAAAAUGUUUGGUGAUCAAACACAAUCAAACAAUGUUUGGUGACCAAACAUGUUUCAUCACCGUCCAUACGAACAAGAUGUCUUACAUUGUGUGAUCAAUUUUUGUCGGCGUUCAAAUUUUAUCAAGCAUGAUCAAACAAGGUGUCCAAACAGGAAAACGUUUUGUCACCAAACAAAGUUUGAAGUGAAGCCUUGGAGUC